GACAAGCCAUUUAAAUGCCCCAAGUCAACUUUCUUAGGCUAAAUUAUAGUUGGGAUACAGUCUAUAUUGGUGCUACAGGUGAAGUAACAGAUUUAUGAUGUAUUUGAUGUAUUCAGUUGUUAAUAAAUUACAUGCUUAUUGAUGGCAAGGCAAACAGAACAAGUCAAUACAUACUCAAGAGUGCCCCAUGGAUAUAUGGCUUGUUUUUUCUUAAUUGUAUGAUAUUUUCACAUAAUAGAUGUUUAAUUAAUGUUUAUGAAAUUGAAUUGAAUCCUCAAAACCCAACAUUAAGACAAUGAAAAAAUCCAGAUGACAUUUUAUUUUUUAGAAAGUCUCCAAAAAUUUAGAUUGUAUAUUCCUAUUGUUCCAUGUGGAAGGAAAUUAAUUAGCACCAAAUGUUUUUCUUUCAGUUGAGAUCCCUUCUCACUGGCUUACCAUGAAAAACACGAACCUCCUUUUGGUGGAUUUAAAAUCACAAGAUCCAGAAUACAAAAAAGUAAAUGAUGAGUUUUUAAGGACCUGUCCUAACUUCAAAAUAGAAAAGAUUCAAAGGAUUCAGAACAUAAUUCUUUGGAAUCUUUAUAAGACAAAGAAAACAUUAAUGGAUGAACAGAAUCCACAAGCAAAAAAUGAAAGAUGCCUCUUUCAUGGGACAGAUGUUGAUUCAUUAUCACAUGUCAAUAGUCAAGGCUUUAAUCGCGUUUAUGCUGGGAAAAAUGCUACAGCAUAUGGAAAAGGAACCUAUUUUGCUGUCAAUGCUAGCUAUUCAAGUAGUGAUACAUACUCCAAACCAGACCAGAAUGGGAAGAAGUAUAUGUACUAUGUGCGAGUACUUACUGGUGAUUAUACUUUGGGAAAUUCAUCAUACCUUGUCCCUCCACCAAAGAAUGCUCAAAAUUCUGAUGUUCUGUUUGACAGCGUCACUGACAAUAUGCAAAAUCCAUCAUUAUUUGUCAUAUUUUAUGACAAUCAGUCUUACCCAGAAUACCUCAUUACUUUCAGGAAGUGACAUACAAGAGAUAUCCUUUAUCCGCUUAUUUGUAGCAUUUUUUAGGCUUUGAUGCAUUUUUUUUAGGUCAAGAUAUUCAUUCUCAUUACUCACAUUACUUUUUACAUUAUGCCAACAUGAUUUUUAAUGUAUACUUUUCAUGAGUUAACGGCAAGCAAGAGAUUAGAUUGAUUAGCUAUUAAUUUCAAUGUAUUUUCCUAGAUCAGAGGAUUCAUCCUCACUUUUGAAACUGGUCCUUUCCUACUCCAUUGCUGUGGAGUUUUUAAUAUAUUUGAGACAAUCAAUGACACUGAAGUCAUGAGGAUUUAAAACAGAAAAACUGGAUGUCAGACCUGAGUAAGAAUGAAAACUAAAUUCCUCUACUCAAAAAAUAGAUAAGAAAUUAAACUAGUCCUAAUAAAGGCAGGAGAUAUAACUCUGGGAGUCCCAGUUUGCCUUCUAAAAGAGCCCAACUUCUUUCCCUAUAGAAUCAUAGUAUAUGUAGAAUGAUGGAUAAAGAAAGAGAAUACAUACAUACAUACAUACAUACAUAUAUAUAUAUAUAUAUAUAUAUAUAUAUAUAUAUAUAUAUAUAUAUAUAGAGAGAGAGAGAGAGAGAGAGAGAGAGAGAGAGAGAGUAUAUAUACUGCUAGUAGGUAGUAUAGUGAUGGGGUUGCUUUUCCUGGAACGCAUUGAAACCAUAUUGAAAUGGGGAAAAUAGUUCUUUUUUGUUAAUCCUUAUUUUCUGUCCUAAUUAACAACUCUUAAGGCAGAAAGGCAAGAGCUAGACAAACAGGAUUAAGUGACUUUCCCAGAGUAAUGUAGCUAGAAAAUGUCUGAGGCUAGAUUUGAGGCCAGGUCCUACCAACUCCUGGUCAAGAGUACUUUUUAAGCAAGUAGAAUUGCUCUUGUACACCUAGAACAAUUAGAAAUCUAACUGUCCUGAGGAAAAGAAAAACCCAGCAUCCCAAGUGAAAUGAAUGAAUCUCAGAAUUACAGAUCUUGGAGGAGGCUCAGAGGUCAUCUAGGUCUGAUGGUGAAAUCCCCACUGUAGUAUCCUAAAUUCAUGGACAUCCAGACUCUCAUGGGGAUAUCAUUAAAAAUAACAGAGAGUAUUUAUAUAGCAUUUUAAGGUUUGCAAAACAUUUUAAAGGUUUUAUCUCAUUUGAUAAUGACAAGCCCAGGAGAUAUGUGCUAUUUUCCCCAUUUUAUAGAUGAAGAAAUUGAGGUUCAAAGACAUUAAAUGACUUGCCAAGGCACACAUAGCCAAUAAGUAUCCAAGGUAGGACUUGAACUCAGAUCUUACAGAAACGAAGUCCAGUGCUUUUUCCAUUACAGAACCUUGCUACCUUAUGAUUACUCUACAAUGACCACCUCUUCUAAACUAGAACAAAGAUCAGAGCUCUUUCCUACUAUUGAACCUAAAUUACCCCUUUUCCACAUUAAUGCAGACUCUUUCUCGGGAGUCUACUCUAAUGCUUUUUCCUUAUGACAGCUCUUUAAAGACCACCACCUUUUCAUGUACCUUAUUAUCCCUGCUUAUGAUUGUUUGUAGGCAUAUUUAAAAUGCAUAUCUUUAUGUUUUAGAGAAGUGAUCCGUCUGCCAUUUGGGGGAGUAAUUCCUUCAUCAGUAGCUCCUUACACCAAUCAAAUCAUAGACUGAGUCAGAAACAAAUAAAAAGUGUUUACUAUUGAAUAAUAGACCAUUGAACAACCUUUCUGCUGACUCUUGAGUCUACUUAGGCUAUCUAUAAAAGACUAAGUCUUCAUUUUCUAGCUAGCUUCCACUGAUUUGGAGGGGAUAUAACCAGUUUGAGUAUAAUCCAGAACCUUUGCUUAGGCACAUCCAGGUAUAUGCUGGUAAAUGUUUAGCAACCUGCACCUAUAAAUCGCUUUUAAGUGUAAUCCUCAUUGUUAACAUUUUUCUAUCACUUUCUUAAGCCUGGACAAUCAAGAAAACAAUAAAUGUACAAUAAAUAAAUAAAAAUCAAUUCAUAAAA